GCGAUGUCACUAUUCAAAAUAAUUUAAAAAUUUGAUUUAGAAUUAAUAGACUAAUGUGCUUGCAUAUACAGGUAACAUAUUUAAGGAUGGCAACACAAGGAUGGAAGAAAGAACAAAAUGUGCCCUGUAGCUUUGCUAUUAUAGCCCUAACAAAAAUACUAAAAGAAUGACACUUCUUCGGUUAUCUUAAAAGUUGUCAAACAUAAUUAACUCGAGACGUAAACUCGGUUGUAAAUAUUGACUAAGUCGUGUUAAUCUAGUAUAGAACUCGCCUAUAUAACUAUUUGUGGAGACAAACAUCUCAAUUUGUCAACUAGUCUCGAUAUCUUUUGUCAGGGUUAACAGAUAGCUAAAGUUUUCUAUUUAAACUUAAUCCAACAUGACAGGGAAACUUCGUGUUUCUAGUUAUUGAAGCCUGCCAGGUAAAGCAAUUGGAAACUGCUAGAAAGAAAAGUCUUUUUCAUUUUGUUUAUGACCUCCAGAUGAACUUUAAGUUAUCAGUUGAUUUACAUUAUCCACAACUCUAAUUUAAACAAUUCGCAGUUCAUUCAACUUUUUAAAGCUUUUUUUAAGCAUAUUCCUUAAUUAAUAUUUCUUUCCCUCGUUCAUGUUAUGGACAGUAUUCUUACCUUUUCCACUACAACGAUAUGUAUUUGCGAAUAUUACCAUCAACACAAAAACAGUCAACGACAUGUCGAACUUUUGUUAGAUGCUAAGAUUUUCAAACUUCUCUUUUACGGCUUGUAAUAAAGAUUUCACAAGUAUUUUUGGAACUUGCCUACAGUCCUUUGCUAGAGUGUUUUUAGUAUUGAAUUUUUUAAAAAGCAUCACUACUUGAAGUAAAAAAAACUUCUCCGAACUUCUUCUUCUCCUGUGAUUAAAUAAUCAUGAUCUUAAAGUAAAAGCUUUAUGCAUUUCAAAUUAUUAAAAACAAAAAAAAAAUAUUUCACUUGUCUAAACGUUUUAUAAGGAGCUAACUGUCAAUAAUUUAUUAAAUAACUAGAAAGAAAAUUUAUCCGUCAUUUCUAUUCCUAUCCUAAAUUACGGAACAUAAGAAUCACAGUUGAAUAUCACACGUGUACUUCACAAGUAAUGUUUCUAUAAAGCAUUGUAACAAUCCUUACUAUAUGUAUUUCCAUGACAUUUCAGAAAUCAGAUUACGUGUUCAAUUUGUUAUUCUGGCUACCAUCAGUACUAAUUUGACUUCGCAAAACAUUGAUAGUAAAUUUAUAGUCUAUUAGUCGUUAACCCAUAGAACAUUACACGAGGGAUCACCCUCUGAAUACUUUGCUGCAUCAUCUAUCUUACACGGGGGGUUAUUACUACAAAUAUAGGUGCGAACAAAAUAGAGUUUUUGAUUACAACACCCCCCCCCCCUGGGUUUUAGGUUGGCUCAUAGACAGACAGAAAGUAAUUGUAAAAGAGAUUGCGAUUGUCAUGAAGCGCAAUAACAACAUCAAAACCACUUAGUUUCAAUCUAUAUUAUAAUACCCGUAUACGUAUACUUCUGUCUGUUGCGCAAAAGGGUGCCGCAGGUAGCAAGAUGCUCGGAGUGCUGUAUAAAAGGACGGGCAAACCCUUGAAUAUAUCAACAGGCCACCGACUAGUAAUAUUGUAUUCCAUACUGGUCAAGGUUGCCGUUCCUUUCACAACACGGUGUGAAAAAAAACAACUCGCUUCCCAGACCUGGGAACGAGGUUGUAAAGAUAGUGCUUUCAUCCUAGGCCACUUGUAUUGGAGCUUUAAAACAACAGCUACCAGUUAGAGCUAUUACAACUCUCAAGUUUUUGUUGGAAAACUUCUAUUCCCAGCUCUCAUUGUAAAUUCCACAACCUGACCAAAACAUUGAAGCUAACCCGUAUCUUAAAAUAUGGAAAUUUCGGAUGAACGUGAUACGAGUUUCGCAUUUAUGUGUCCAGCCUCCUCCAAGGCGUUUUAAUCAGAUCUGUCAAUAAACACAGCGCCGAUGGGAGACAAAAGACUUUGGGGACGAGGUUGGUGAAAUUUGACAAAUAAUUUUUGAAUUGUGCUAGUUGAUAAGUCCUGUGGAGAAAUCAUUUCAGGCAGAAGGACAAUGAAAAAAAAUAAGUUGUUUUAAAUUUUUUGCUGACGUCAGCAGUGCAGAUACGUUGCCUGUAAUGUGUAGAGGUUGAAACGCUGAUCAAAAAAUCUAAAACAACCUAUUUUUCCAUUGUUCUUUUGCCUAAAUGGAUUUUUCCACGGGGCAUAUCUAUUAGUUAUAUAGAUUAUUGUAUUUUAUCGUAUUUAUGAACUGUUGAUGGAUAUGCAAAAAAUCGCGACAUCUGCAAACAAUAUUAAUUCUAAUUUGUUUGUCUCAGAUUACAAUUGUAAAUUUUAUUUUAUAGCUUUUACCUGGUCCGAAUUUAUGGAAGGCGGGCACUUGAAGCCCCCUUUAUACCUUCACAGCCAAAAUUCACUUAAAACAUGAAAACCGAAAUAAUUAUACUUGUCUGCUUUAUUUUUUAUCUGGAAUGUUUAUUUUCCACCAACGUUAGCACUUUUCCAUGUUUUUCAGCGUUUCUAAUUACCUUACGUUCGUUUUCGCGAAGAUUAAAUUUCGCGAAUCAGUCGUGUUGAAAUAUUUUGGGAAUAUUUUUUUUUCGCAGAUAAACCAUUUUAAGGUUCUUCACAAAUCUAGUUUUUUGUUGUUGAUAUUUUACUUUAUUUCAGUCCUAUUUAUUGAGAUAAGGUAGCCUUAAAUUGAACUUGCUCGUAACAUAGAGGAUAGUGACAUUUUCGCGAAAAUCCUUUUCUGCGAAUAAACCAUUUCAAAGUUUUUUGCGAAGUAUAAUUUUGACAAAUCGAUAAGGUAGCUUUGAAUUCACAUCCACAGACUGGCCCUUUUUUCUAUUGACUACAAAAAAGAAAAUUUACCAAGAUAAACAAAAAAAUAAAAGUUUUGCUUUUCCCGAAGUUAAUUUUAGUCAAAAAGUUAUUUCUUGCGAAUAUUUAUUGUCGAGUAUUGACCUUUCCGGGAUUUUUCGCGCAGAAAGUAUUUCGCGAAUAUGGAUACAAAUUAAUAAACUUUUGACGUAAAGUCUAUUUCCAGUAAUAUUUAUUGCGAAAUUGCACCUCAAACCUGUUCAUGUCAAGUUUCCCAAGAACUGAUUUAGUUAUGGAGAUGUGAUCUGCACCUUCUUUGGUGUUACGCGUGUCUUCGUUGCUCGGCCAUAUUAAGUUAAGCGCAUUCCUUCAACGCUAAUAAGGCAGUCUGCACGUGUGCAUAAAGUAUCUGAAACCUCGUGAUUUGUACAACAAUGCACGCAAAAAAAUCAACAGGCAGACAAUAAUAAUACCAAUCCUUUUAAUGCAGAUUCUUACAAACUAUAAUCUACACCAAAAAAUAUGUUUUUGUAAAGGGGAACGGUAGUAAAACUGUUAGACAGUUCACAGGAUGUUUUCUAGUUAGUUCUGUUCCUUUCUAUUCAAGUCUUACUCACGCGAAAGAAUAGUCAUGGGGAAUGAUUAAUUAUUGAGCUUAAUGUGGAAAUAAUUUUUUUUUAAAGAAAGUUUUUUCUUUUAUUAAGAUUAAAAAAAAGUACUACAUUUAGAUUAUAAUUAUUUCAUAAGAUGAUGUGAAGAAGUUCGAGGAUGUUCUAACUUGUUAAAUCCACAUUUUUGUAUUACGUUCUCUUUACAUAACAAGGAGACAUGACUUUGGACAUGUCAUAAAGUCAGCUGUUUUGUAGUCUAAAUAUAAAGAUAAAGUUUUAUGCCAUUCGUCUGCCAGCUUCUUCCAACGAACAUGAAGAUCGUCUGCUUCAAGUUGGUUUUGUUUUAUGAAAUGCUAACAAAGUCCAUUGAAACCGUUGACUCUUUAUCCUGCUUCACCUGUUCGUCUGACAGUAAAGAGUUAUGUCAACAGCUACAAGAAAAAGUUGCGUGUCCAGAGAACAAGAAUGCUUGCUUAACUCUUAGUUAUGAUUUGAAAUCUACCUCAGUUCAAAAUGCAAUAACAGAGAAAGUGGUCCGAAAGAGGUGUGUCCAGUUGAACAUUAAUGGAUGUGAACGGUAUUGUGAAAUGAGAUUGAUGGUUGGAGAUAAAAAUUGUCAGGCUGGGUGUUGCACAACAGAUUUCUGCAACAACGAGAUGAAAACAAAGAGAAUACGUUACAAAAGAAGAUUCCGUAGUAUGGGAAUCAAACUUCAGAUGGAUAUUUCAUUAUCAAUUUGUUUAAUUGUUGUAACAAGUAUUUGUUUGUUAAAAAUGAUAUCUAUGUGAAGACAUACUAAA